AAGGCAUGACCACCAACCAAUUAGAACAAUGUCAAAACUGAAGAGAUUGUAAAGAGCAGGGUAGUGAAGAAAAAAUAUGGAAACAUGUUCAUUUCCAAGACUAGCACUGUCCCCCUUACAAUUCCCACCUCCAUUAACCUCAAACAAACACUUCCUUCAAUUCCCAUUAUCUAAAUCCAAACAACUACAUAAAACUCCAUCUCAUUUAUCACCUCUCUUUGCCACUCUCAAUUCUCCAAAAGGUUUUGGACCUAAGAAAACCAAAAAAUUCAAGAAACCAAAAAAAGAAUAUGAAGAAGAAGAGGAAGAUGAAGAUGAUGAGCAACAAGAAGGAGGAGUUAUACCAGAAAUAGUGACUAAUAGAAUGAUAAGCAGAAUUGGACUUUCAGUUGGUAUCCCUUUGUUCAUUGGUUUAUUGUUUUUUCCUUUCUUUUAUUAUCUUAAGGUUGGAUUAAAGAUUGAUGUGCCAACUUGGAUACCCUUUAUUGUGUCAUUUAUUUUCUUUGGGACUGCCUUAUUGGGAGUUAGUUAUGGUAUAGUUUCCUCUAGUUGGGAUCCAUAUAGGGAAGGUUCACUCUUGGGUUGGAAUGAAGCUAAGAAGAAUUGGCCUGUUUUUUGGAAGUCAAUUUGGGGUGGAUCAAGAAACAAGUAGAACUUUGGUUAUCUACCUAUUGUAACUUUGGCUCACAUCUUUUCUCAUUGAUACUACUCCAUGUUUGAUUUCAUGUCAUAUAUUUUUUUAUUUUUACAAUAGAUCCUCGUGGUCCAGUUUUUUCUCGA